AUGUUGAUGUCAUUUUUCACCCGAAAGAGCAAAGGAGAAGUAGAAGCAAAAGUGUCUCAUUUAUUUCCGCGUCAACAUUCUGAGAUGGACGCUCAUGAAUACGUAUCACCGGAACCGGCGAAAAAUAUUCUCACGACUGGUUUUAACUUAAUCAAUCUCAGCGACAUUCAAUGCAAAAGAUUGUUAAACAUGCUGUUGCCUCAUCAAUCAAUCAAAUCAUUAGAAUCGUAUUCAAGACUCUUCAUGUAA